GCCUUUCGUUUAGAGAUGACCGAUAGAAGUGGCCGAUCGGAGUGUGUCUAGAGCCGUGCUCCAGGGUAUGUACACGGCGUACGAUACCGGUAGUUAUUGGUUAAAUAAAAUGUCCUGUUACGGGAAGAUGAGGGCUGCUUGUGCUCUUGUGUGUUUUUCUCUAUUUUUGACAAUAGUAAGCGUAAACGCACAAACGUCGAAAAAACCAUGGGUGGACCAGCUAAACGAGGACAACUGGGAUCGUAUGCUCACUGGAGAAUGGAUGGUAGAAUUCUAUGCUCCUUGGUGUCCAGCGUGUAAAUCUUUAGAGCCGAUAUGGGAAGCUUUGGCAAUGCAAAAAAAAUAUCUUAAUAUAAAUGUUGGAAAAGUAGAUGUCACAGAUUCACCAGGCCUCAGUGGACGAUUUAUGGUGACUGCUCUACCUACAAUUUAUCAUGUAAAAGAUGGAAUAUUUAGACAAUAUAAAAGUCCCCGUGAUCAGGAUUCACUCAUUGAGUUUGUAGAACGAAAGACAUGGAAGAAGGUUGAGCCUAUACCCAGUUGGAAAAGUCCAACUUCUAUCCAAAUGUCUGUCAUAAGUCAUUUCUUUAAGAUGUCUCAAGUGUUACGGGGGAUACACAAUAAACUUAUGGAAGAUUUUGGAUUACCUACUUGGGGAAGUUACCUAAUCUUUGCUGUAGCAACAAUUAUCUUGGGCGCAAUUUUGGGAUUGUUCAUUGUUUGUCUGAUUGACUUCAUUUAUCCACCCAAGCCAUCUCUAUUCCAAGGUAAGAAAAAGCAAAGAGAUGGGUCGGGUGGAUUUAUGCAGGAAAAAAGUUCAGGUGAUGAAGAAUUAGUAGAGAACGUGAAGGACGAUCUCGAGGACGAGGAGGGUAGCGAAUCUGAUGAACCGGAAGGUGAAAAGGAUAAAGAUGCGAAGGCAGCUCCGAGUAGCCCCAAUGUCCGCAAGCGUAAGCCUCGUAAAGCAGAUUAGAAAUGUUAGUUUCUUAAAUUCAAAUAAUUGCAUUCACGAGUGACAUUAACGGUUUAAUUAUUUCUUAUAACAUUUUUACACAUGGAGAUGUUAGUUUACAUGACACUACGUGACUAUUCUAUACCUCAACGUGACAGUAUUUCGCAAGGAAUUGUGCUAAAUAUCGAAUAAAGUAUGAUGACCUUUGCAACUUUCGAUAAUAAGUUACCCACUGAAAAAGUAGUCAGUGCAUCAUUUACGUCAUCUCAUCUUAUACACAAUGGUCAAUUAAUCAAAAACUUAUGCUGAUGCACCAUUUCGCUAGGUACCGCAUGCCUGCCAGUAUUUAUAUUCAAUCUAUUUUUAUAACUGUUCAAGAAAAUAGACCAUCUCAUUGUACUUUACUCGACACAAUGCCUUUCUGCUGUUCAGCGAGAUUUAAGACAUUUUUUAUUUAUAUUUCUUUGAGAUUUAUUGUCAAUCGUUUUAAUUGUACUACCAACUGUAAUUAAGGAAGGGGAAAGAGAAAUAGUGGCAACAUAUAAAAGUAAUUUUCAUUGCUCAUUAGAUUGUACUAACUGAUAUUUUAUAAUUAACUUUGAAAGGCCAAAAAAUGGAAGUGAAAGAAAGGAUUACCUCCUGAAGUGGACAUGAAGAGCGACGCGGAUAUAAUAGCUUAAAGCGAACAUCUUAAUCUUAACAAGGACUUUAGUGAACGGUUUCGAAAUCCUUCAGAAUGAUAAAAAUUGAGGGAAAAAUAAAAAAAAUGAUUAAUCGAUUGACUGAAGUAAAAUUAAUCAUCUCCAACAUCUAUUAUAAUUGGUAGUACAGAAACGUGGUGAAAGCUGAGAAGAUAGAAUCAUAUUUUGUUUGUAACACAUAAAAAUCAUGAAGAUACAACAAAGACAAAGAAUGUGUACAGUCAAAGCCCGCUUAUGUUUUAUUAUAAUUAUUUACAAUGACAAAUGAACGGCAUUGCAUUUCCGAAUUUUUUUUACUGGAUUUCGAUGAUUAGCGUAUUAUAAUUUUGCGUAUGUAAAUAAUGUUUCAUUUCGCGCUCGUCCGAAAAUCACUGAUAAGGAUUGACCGAAUUACUACUCGGUCACAACGCAUCACCAGGAGUCUUUGAAUAUAACCAAUUGAGAACAAGUAUAUAUAUCUAGUAAAAUGAGUGAUGGUAUGUCGAAGGCCCAUUUUCAAAACCUAAUAAGUGACAAAUCGUAGAAAAAACGAUUUUUAUGCUCAUUAGGUUCUAUCUGGCAUAUUGUCGUUGCAAUUUCAGUGAUAAAGCAUGUAUUAUACCUGCAUCCAUCAAAUCUUGUUUUUAGCGUAAGACUAAAACAUUUGACGACGCUGUUAAAAAUUUGCUCUUACGUCGCGUAUUAGGUUUUAAAAUUGGGAAGCCGAUGUGUUUAUGAAGAAUUGCAUUUGUUAACAUAUUUAUACACUACUGUAACACCACAGUGUUUCCAUUUAUGUACUUUGUGAACACAAGCGAUAAUAUUGUGUGCGAUUUUCUAUGCUGUAUAAUUAAGUCUUCCGUAUCAUUACGCACAGUCUUAAUGAUAUUGGCAACCCAAGCAACUUGCAAAAUUGCGGAUAGCGAGGUCUAACGCUACGUAAUACGGCUAAUUGAUAUAAUUUGAUAAACAAUUUUUUCACAUUUUGCAGUACUUCGUUACUGCACCAAGGAGUUGCUAGUAAAGAGAGCCAACCUUUUCUUUUAAUUACACAUUCGGUUGGCCUCACGACUCUGCGUCACUCAAAAUGAGAGUCUUACGGGAUUUUGUGCCUGAAAAUUACUAGGCAUAGUGGGUACGGGAGAUAUGCUGGAACGAGCAUAGCAUUUUUUUGAGAUGGUGAUGAGACAUAGGUAUUCAGAGACAGUUCUUCGUUUUAAGCACGAUCUUAAGACAUCCUCUACCAUGUGUUAUUAUUACUAUAUUUACGGUCUUAAGACUGUGCUUCGUCUCAAGCACUGACUAUGAAUACCGACCUUAAAGUUGCAUUUCAGGCACAAAGUACACGGGGGCUGAUCCUCGUUACCAGUAAUCUUCUUGAUAUAUCAACCAUGGCUAUGUUUCCAUCAAAGUCGAACAUUGGAUGAAACAUAGCCUAUGAUAUUUCUCUAGUAUUAGUCGAUUAUUGUUAUAUUCAUUCUUCUCUAAUUGCAGCGGUCUAUCGUUCCGCAGAUACAUUCCAAAAUUAUGAGAUAAAAAAGAAAAGAAAGGAGAGCCUUCGAGUUUAUGUCUUGACAGAGAGAAUAAGAGAGAGAGGGAGAAAAAAAGAAAAAGGGCAAAUACACUUUAAUGCGGAAUGUAUGAUAAUGCAGGGUAGCGAAGUUAACUGUGUAACAUUGACUGCCUAACAAUAAACGUAUUUAAUAAACAA